AUGUCUUUCGUCCCGAUUAAAGAUGGCGAAUUCACCAGUACUAUCUACGGCAUGAUCAAAGACAGCAAAUUCACGGAAGUGAUGCGUAUCUUGCAGUAUGAAUUGCAGCGUAGCCCAGCGAAUCGAGCCGCGCUGUCACUACUCGGCUAUUGCCAAUACUACACCCAAGAUUUCCACGGUGCCGUCGAGAGUUAUGAACAAUUGACGCAGCUCUACCCCGGUUUUCCCGAGUACAAAUUGUAUUAUGCACAGUCGCUGUAUAAUGCUUUUAUGUUUCCAGAAGCAAUGGCCGUCGCUUCAACUAUCGAAGACCCUCGAUUUCUGGGGGAGGUGAUCAAGCUCGAAGCUGCGAUCAAGUAUAGGGAAGAAGACUUGACAAAUGCUCGGAUUCUCGUCGAACAAUUCCCCCAGGAUGACGCGGAUAUUGAAGUGAAUUUGGCGUGUUUGGAUUACAAGGAAGCGCACUACGACAAGGCGCUAGAACGGUUCAACCGUGCUACCGGGACUUUUGGAUAUCAGGCAAGCUUGAAGUACUUACCGUUGUGUCACUAUCGAAAGAAGGAAUACCCGCAGGCACUGAAGUACAUCUCCGAUAUCAUCGACAAGGGUGUCAAGGACCAUCCUGAAUUGCACGUUGGUAUGGUGACGGAAGGGCUAGAUGUGCGUUCGGUUGGGAAUAGUCUACUUCUCCACGAGACCGCCCUCAUCGAGGCGUGCAAUUUGAAGUUUGCCAUCGAGUAUCGCCUCAAGAAUUUGGACGCGGCCUCAGAGGCGCUGACGGAUAUGCCGCCGAGGAGCGAGGAGGAAUUGGAUGCCGUUACUUUACACAAUCAGGCCCUAAUCGUUGCAAACCCAUUUCCUCCGGAAACUUUCGCCAAUCUACUAUUGUUGUACUGCAAAUAUGAGUACAUCGACCUGGCGGCAGAUGUACUUGCCGAGAACGCGCAUCUCACCUACAAACAUUUAAGCCAGUAUUUAUACGACUACCUGGACGCGGUAAUCAACAUGCAAACCUCACCGCUCGACGCAUACCAGAAAUUCGACGCGAUGGGCCAGGAUGUGACGAACGAGCUGAGGAAGUUGACGAAACGUGUCCAGGAAAUUCGCCAGACGGCCGAUGAUGAUCAGAUCCGGAAGGCGGUAGACGCGUACGAUGAGGCGUUGGAGCGAUAUCUUCCCGUGCUAAUGUCGCAGGCGAAAAUCUAUUGGGACCAACAGGACUACAGCCAAGUCGAGAAGAUUUUUAGAAAAUCCGUCGAAUUCGCGAGUGAGCACGACGUCUGGAAGUUGAAUGUAGCACAUACGCUUUUCAUGCAAGAGCAAAAAUUCAAAGAGGCUGCCGGUUUCUACGAGCCCAUCGUCAACAAGCACUACGAUAAUAUCCUCGAAAUCUCGGCAAUCGUGCUCGCCAAUCUCUGCGUUUGCUAUAUAAUGACGAAUCAAAAUGAGGAGGCAGAAGAAUUAAUGCGAAAGGUGGAAAGGGAAGAGGAAGCGAUCGGGGACACGAAAAAGACAUUCCAUUUGUGCAUCAUUAAUCUGGUGAUCGGCACGUUGUACUGUAGCAAGGGGAAUUUCGAGUUUGGAGUGUCGAGGGUGAUCAAGGCGAUGGAGCCGUUUGAGAGGAAGUUGGGGACGGAUACUUGGUUUUAUGCCAAACGAUGUUUGAUUGCGAUGAUAGAGACGAUGGCGAAGCAGAUGGUCGUAAUGCGGGAUGCCGUCGUCCACGAAGUGCUACAAUUCCUGGACAAGGCUGAGGCGAACGGCCGCGAGAUCGUCACCUCACUCGACGGACCCCUCAUGGAAUUGCAGCCGAUCGAAUCGGCGCGAAAGACGGUACUCUACGAAGCGCGACAAAUCAAGGCGUUGUUAUUGAAAGUUAUCAACUAU